AUGACAAUGCCCCCACCACUUCCUCCUGUGUUAUCCACAGCGCACGAGGACCUACACGAUGUAGAUGCUUCUUCGACAUCUCCUCCCAGCAUAAUAAAACCUCCUGUCCCAGGUCGACGUCCGAGGACUUCCCAGCCACCGAAUAAUGCAGAGGUCUUGGUUCCCCCACUGAUUGCGGGCGCAGUUGUUGCUGCUUUUGCGACUGCCCUUGCCGAAGGAUUGGACAACCAACUUCUCGCGCACUACUAUCUCCCCGAAGAAAAAUUCCGAGUCAACGUCGAUAGGGUUCUGGAUCGAUUAUUAUCAGAGUUUACCCUUAUGCUGUGGGAUGAGUUAUGGACUUUUUACUGCGACUCGAAUCCGCAUUCCACGGACCAGAUCAAGAAGCUUUUCGAUGGACCGGUGUGUCAACUCAUACUCAUCCUCAAUGGACCUGAAACACCACGAUGUAUUCUCGAUAGAAUAGGCCCAGGUAUCUCAAGACGGCCGUCGACUUGGUCAGAGAUGGCGCGGGGUAUCGAUCUUCCUAUUGCGCUUCAGCUGUUGUGCAGUUACUGGGAUAGAGAAUAUCCUGCUCGCUCGCCAAGGGGGUCACCCAACGAGAUUGCCGCCUCACUACACACAUAUGUCACGACAGGAGACUCUGCGAAACAUCUCAUCACUAAGAUCCGAGAGACACUCAUCUCACCGCACCAUGUACAGAUGCACAUGAUGGAAUCGGCUCUUUGGCAUAUUCUCUUCAGGACUCCUUCUCGACCGCCAGUAGACGGCUUCCAUGUUGUUCAGUUCAAGUUCGAAUGCCAGCUACCCGGUAUACUCCAUGAUGUUGGCGAUCCUCAAUCGUUCAAGAUUGGUUCUCUGACGGCUAUGACUGGGACAGCCAAUGAUUGUGUUUAUACAACUGUGUCCGAAUAUGCGACCAGGCAGUGGCCCAAGUGUGGUGAACUCCUGUUGGGAUGUAUCCAAGAAGCUGUCCAGGCGGCCUUGAUGUCGAGUCGCGACGGCGAUGCGUUUAACGGCAUGUCUAUCUGGGACGGCACCGACAACCCCUUCUUAUGUCCGGGUCUGCGUCUACUACACGUCGAGGUCGAAGACGGCUAUUUACGACUCACCGUGUCAGCGUGGAUGCAUACAAUGAUUGAGAUCUUACAACAAAUGGCAUGGACAUGUUCCGUCCUCAGUGCUUCACCACUUCCCGGUUCUCCUUCCGAGUCUGCGGUUCAGGUAGCAGAUUGGCAGUACAUGGAGGAGUCAAUUUUUGUCGAAUGUAGUCUGUCGCAUCGGCCUGUACCAGAAGGAGACGGAGCACCUUGGGUGAGACAGCUGGGGGGUGUUGCAAUCGCAAAUGGAUUUCCUAUAAGUAAUAUUCGACAAGAUUCGCAGAUGUCAUAG